AUGACUCAAAACUCAUUUAAGACAUUACAGGAAGCUUUGCUCCUUAGUCUGGAAGGAAAGCUAAUAGAUGACGACGAAUUUGCCGUGCUGUAUGAAGAAUUCAUUCCACAAAACCUUCCGUUUCGCCACUGGGAUUACGAAAAAUUUUCCCUCGUAAACAAAGACCCCGCAGAGUGUAAGGCAGACUUCAGAUUUGAAAGGAGUGACAUCUCAUCAGUGUCUCAUUGCUGGUGGAUGUUUUACAGAUGCCUGAUACCUUCACAUGUCCAAAUGGUACCGUUUGAGAUUCAACAGAAGGACUUUGUGUUAUACUAA